CUCCGGUUGGGAUCCAUCGCACCUAACUUCAAGGCCGACACCACCAACGGUCCGAUUGAUUUCCAUGAGUUCAUCGGUGACAAGUGGGUCGUGUUAUUUUCUCACCCAGAGGACUACACUCCGGUCUGCACCACCGAGCUAGGCGCUUUCGCCAAGCUUGAGCCCGAAUUCACUAAGCGUGGAGUCAAGUUGAUCGGUCUGUCUGCAAACACCGUCGACUCUCACAGAGGAUGGAUCAGGGACAUAGACGAGAUCUCUGGCAGCAAGCUGGCCUUCCCAAUCAUUGGCGACAAAGAGAGAAAGGUUGCGUUUGCCUAUGACAUGCUCGAUUACCAGGAUACAACGAAUGUCGAUCAGAAGGGCAUCGCUUUCACUAUUCGAUCCGUCUUUAUCGUCGACCCGACGAAGACUAUUCGCCUCACUCUCUUAUACCCAGCUUCCACCGGCCGCAAUACCGCCGAGGUCCUCCGCGUUAUUGACUCCCUCCAGACCGGCGACAGGCAUCGCAUCACAACUCUCAUCAACUGGAUCCCUGGUGAUGAUGUUAUCGUCCACCCAAGUGUCAAGAAUGACGAGGCUAAGCAGUUGUUCCCUGAGUUCCGCAUUGUCAAGCCAUACCUCCGAUUCACACCUCUGCCAAAGGAGACGACUUCAGCUGCUGUCUAG